AUGUACACCUCACUUGUCACUCACCACUCUGAAUGGUGCUUGAGAGCCCUCACGUUCAUCGUCGCCGAUUUGGCCUACAAACCUCUUCCCCUCGUUUCUACGACUCCGAAUUUGGCGUUGAUGUCUGAUUCACCCUCGAAAAUGAACUUCUCUAGGCCAUGCUUCUUCAAAGGAAGGUUAAGCUGCCAAAAUGUAACAACUCAGCCGAUUCCCUUUCUCGACGAGCCCUUCAAGACCUGGCACUCAACAAUUUUCCUCGUGGUCUUUGUUUUGGCCUUCGCCAUUGUCACCGCUUUUCUUGGGUAUCGCUAUGUGGAGGCUCUCAAGUUCAAGAGUUGUUCAUGCUGCAAAUCUAUCUUGAAUCCAGAAAGACAGGCAUUCGAACCAGACAUGGAAGGUCAACGUUGCCAGGGACGUUGGAAGAAGGAGGUUCACGAUAUUCCACCCAUCCAGUCAUGUGAUCCUCAUACAGAUCAAAUUCAACAACGUAUCAGACCUCGUGAGGUUCGACUUAGUAUUGUUGAACUUGGAGAGGUUCGAGAGAGUGGGAUAGCACGGAGACGGGCCUCGAAUCCACGGAUCACCACUGAUUAG